UUUCUCUCUGGGUGUUAUGUGAUGGGUUUCAGUCCCGUUGAAGCUCAGUAGCGCACCGUCCGCCACCAUCUCCGAAACUGGAGAGAGAGAAUUCCCUCAUUUUUCACAUUUUCCUCCACUUUUAGAAACGUCCGUGGAAUUGUUAACAAGUUCAUUUUAAUUUGCCCACUGCUGGUCCGUGAGCAUUUUUUCCCGGCCAAUUUUUUUUUUGGUUUUUAUUCAUUUUUUGGUCCCCGACACGAAUAAUUAUUGUGCGCGAAAAUGACAAAAAAGUUUGAUUUUAAUUGGCGGAUUCCCGUACCAGAACCGCUUCUUCAAGGCAACUCUUUUGAUAAAUGGACCGAAGAAAAGGACACGUUCGAUUUAGAGCCGAGUUGCUUCUUUCAGGUCGACGAGUAUGGCUUCUUCAUCCAUUGGAAGUCGGAACCUCGGGACGGCGACGUGCUGGAGUUGAGCCAGGUCAGCGACGUUCGAUCGGGAGGUCUUCCAAAGGACUCCCGUGGAUUGAAUCAGUUGAUGAGCAAGCACGGAUCCAACACCGCCCAGGAACUCGACGACAAAUCACUGACCAUUUGCAGCGGUCUCGACAUGGUCAACAUCAAUUAUUUGCACGUCGUUUGCGAGUCAGCCGAACAGGCCAAGACGUGGAAGGAAGGUCUGCGCACCAUUACCAACAAGAACAAGAUCAUCAAUGUCUGCCCUACAACCAACUUGAUGAAACAUUGGAUGCGACUCGGCUUCCAGGUGGAUGCAGCCGGUAAAGUGCCAGUCAAAGUCGUGGCCAGAACUUUCGCUUCGGGUAAAACGGAGAAACUCAUCUACCAGGCCUUCGCCGAAUUAGGACUUCCCAGUGAAAAGGGCGAUUCUAUGGAAAAAGCUGAUUUUACGUUCGAGAAGUUCGUCGCACUUUAUCACAAAAUUUGUCCCAGAAAUGAUAUCGAAGAAUUGUUUCAAUCCAUCACUAAAGGCAAGUCGGAUGCGAUUGGGAUCAUUCAAUUUAUCGAUUUUCUGAACGACAAACAGCGCGAUCCCCGCCUCAACGAGAUCCUUUAUCCUCUCUAUAAUGAGAAAAGAGCCACAGAAAUUAUUGAAGAGUAUGAACAGGACAAAGAUAAUCGCCUUAGAAGGCGCUUGAGCAAAGACGGUUUCAUUCGUUAUCUCAUGUCUGACGACAAUGCCCCAGUAUGGCUCGAUCGUCUUGACAUCUACAUGGAAAUGGAUCAACCAUUGUCGCAUUAUUACAUCAACUCUUCCCACAAUACUUAUCUCAGUGGACGACAGUUUGGCGGUAAAUCCUCGGUGGAAAUGUACCGACAAACCCUUUUGGCCGGUUGCAGAUGUGUCGAGCUCGAUUGUUGGGAUGGCAAAGGCAGCGAUGAAGAACCCAUCAUUACUCACGGCAAAGCCAUGUGUACUGAGAUUCUCUUCAAGGACGUUAUUCUCGCCAUCCGCGACUGCGCUUUUGUCACUUCGGAUUGGCCGAUCAUUCUGUCGUUCGAGAACCAUUGCUGUCGAGCCCAGCAGUAUAAGCUGGCCAAAUAUUGCGAUGAAAUCCUUGGUGAUCUCCUGCUAAAGGAACCGAUUCCUGAAUCUCCGUUGGAACCCGGAGUGCCUCUGCCAAGUCCGAGCCAGCUGAAGCGGAAGAUUCUCAUCAAGAACAAACGACUUAAGCCAGAUGUUGAAAAGCAAGAGCUUGAACUCUUCCGUCAGGGUCAGUUCGUCAUAACAGAGGACGAGGAGAAGGAAGACGCUUCGGCGCCAGCGGCUCCUAUUCCUGAAGAUAAAAAGGAAGGGGAUCCAGCAGCACCCGGGGCCCCCACAGAAGGAGAUGUACCCUUGCAUUCGGGCUCUACAUCCGCUGUCCAUCCAUGGCUGUCUUCCAUGAUCAACUAUGCUCAGCCUGUCCAUUUCAAAGGAUUUGCUGAGGCAGAACAAAAAAAUAUUCACCACAACAUGUCGUCGUUUGCGGAAACCACCGGUCUCAAUUACCUGAAGACUACGGCCAUUGAGUUCGUCAACUACAACAAGCGUCAAAUGAGUCGUAUUUAUCCAAAGGGAACUCGAGCCGAUUCCUCCAAUUACAUGCCCCAGGUGUUCUGGAAUGCUGGAUCCCAGAUGGUGUCGCUUAACUUCCAGACACCUGAUUUGCCGUUCCAGCUCAAUCAGGGCAAGUUUGAGUACAACGGAAACUGCGGCUACCUCCUGAAACCCGAUUUCAUGCGUCGUCCCGACAGAACUUUCGACCCGUUUGCAGAAUCGCCCGUGGAUGGUGUCAUUGCCGCCCAAUGCGCUGUCCAGGUUAUCGCCGGUCAGUUUUUGUCCGAUAAGAAAGUCGGUACUUAUGUUGAAGUCGACAUGUACGGUCUGCCAACCGAUACCAUCCGUAAAGAGUUUCGAACUCGCAUGGUUCCCGCCAAUGGUCUCAACCCCAUUUACAACGAAGAACCUUUCCUCUUCCGAAAAGUGGUUCUUCCAGAUUUAGCUGUACUCCGUUUCGGAGUCUACGAUGAAAACGGCAAACUUCUUGGUCAAAGAAUCCUGCCGUUGGACGGUCUCCAAGGUGGAUACCGUCACAUCUCUCUAAGGACAGAAGCCAACUUUCCAAUGGCUUUGCCCAUGCUCUUUUGUAACAUUGAGCUAAAGAUCUACGUUCCGGAUGGAUUGGGAGGAUUCAUGGACGCACUUUCGGAUCCUCGAGCAUUUAUGUCUGCCAAUAAGGAACGAGACAAUAAACUGAAGGAAAUGGGAAUUGAAGAAUCAGAACAAUCCAAGGCUGCUGUCACUGGCGGCAAACCAGCUCCAGCCGCCGAAGAAGAAGUCAAAAGAGAGGAAAUGAAGUUCGAACCUGUGACCCUCGAGUCUCUUCGCAGCGAUAAAGCGUUUGCCAAGGCGACCAAGAAGCACCAAAAGGACCUUGAUUCAAUGAGGAAACGCCAACAAAAGGAGAAAGCCACCAUCCAGAAGAACCAAGUGUCGGCCGUCGAGAGGAUCGUUAAAGGGAAAAAUAAAGACGAAUUCAUCAACGAUCCGGCCCUUAAACAGCUGGUAGCGGAGCAAGCCAAAGAGUGGUCCGAAUUGGUCGGGCGCCAUUUGAAGGAGGAGUGGACCUUGUUGAAGGAACAACUGGAGGCUCAACAGGACAUUCUCAAAACGGUUAUGCAGGGGGCACAGGGAGCCCAACUGAAGCUGCUGGACGCCAAAUUGGAGAAAGAGAACAAAGACCUGAAGUCACGUCAAGCGAAGAUGGCCGUUGAAACAGCCAAAGAAGUGGCCGCCGACAAGACGCUGCGCAACAAAGCGGAAAAGGAGCGCCGUUUGCGUGAAAAAGCCCAAAAUAAUACCAAAAAGUUUAUCGAGGAACGCAAAAUUACCGCCAUGAAACAGGGCAAAGAGAAGGAGAAGCUCGUGGCCAUGCAUGCAAAGCAACUGGAGGACUUGAACCGAGACAUUCAACUGAAUAUUGAGAUGUAUAAGAACGCGGAAGUGGAGUACCAGCUGGCGAAUCCAUAUGAAUUCUUCGUUUGAGACCUGUGGCGUUCAACUCAUUAAAUUCUUCGUCAUCACAUUCCAUCACAUAAUGUGAACCUGCUGUUGCUUAAACAUGCGCUUCCAUGCCCCCCGUACGUCGCCAUACGUUUCAUUUGAGUAUAUUUCUCUUUACAUUAAAAACAUAAAAGGAUCCAUUAAAGAAAACUCGUAGAUGUUGCAAUUCCUAUUCCGCGAUUGUUGGUACCUCUCAUUGUUAUUCAAAUCCGUAACCUGUAUUAUUUCCAAAUUUUAUUUCAUCUUUUCAUUCUUUUCAUACCUAGCCAAAAAUCUUUUGGGUGUGCCAACAAACUAUGCCUUAUGAUCGUUGGGACUACUAUUGUUCUUUACUCGUUAGAUGGCGCUGGAUCGGCCUAUGAGCCGAUUUGUGAAUCAAUCCCAACUAUACUAUUUUUUUUUCUUUACUUUGUUUUCACAUUUAAUUUACAGUUCAUUCCUUGAGCAAAAUUUUAAAUUGCUCUCUUGUCCUCCAGAACUUGUCCACUCCCACUCUCUCUUCUAGAUAUUGCAUAUAUUCAUAGUUGUGAAUUUCUUUUAUCCAAAUACAACGCAAUAAAUAAAAAACCAA